AUGGAACCAAAUAAAGAAAACAAGAUACCAGACUUGUAUGAAUACUUGGGUAUAUCAAAUGAAGCAAGUGACGAAGAAAUUAAAAAAGCUUACAAGACUUUAGCUAAAAGAUAUCAUCCCGAUAAACCAACUGGGUCAGAUGAAAAGUUUCAAGAAUUAAAUGCAGUUUAUGAAAUACUUUCAGAUCCACAAAAGAAGAGAACUUAUGAUCAUUUUAAACGUGUUGGUAUUAGUAUGCCCAACAUGGCAAAUGUAAAUGAAAUGAGUGAAGAGAAUAGAAACGUAGCGAUUAACUUUUUCAUUGGCACCAACAUUGGAGCAUUGUAUGCCUUUAUUGCUAUUGCCGUUAGCAUCAUAUUCAACGUUCCUCUCACCACUUCAUUUUUCCCAUCACUUGCCGUAUUUGUAUCUCCUUUUGUAUUAAAUGGUGAUUCAAAAUCAAUGGCUUUUGCAAUUGGUGGUUUAUCAGGAAUGAUUGCACUUCCAAUUUAUGUUGUUGGAUUUACAGCAGGAGUUAGUAAAAGAUUAUUAGAGGCACCUAUAAAUUAUUGGAAGGGUAUUGGAUCGAAAUCAGAGGAUGGUGGUAGUAGUAACGACCAUCAUCGAACAUCGUCGGCAAUGUUGAUAUUGGAUGAAAAUGAUUUUGAAUUUAUCAAUAACCAAAAAGUAGAAUACGAAAAGAUUGACGAAAUUGAAAGAAAUUGGACAUUCCUUGCAUCAGAGACUGCAUCCAACACCAAUAACAAUAAGAACACUUCAAACAAAAACAACAAUACUACAGAAUCGGCACACGAAGAAUUAUUCCAAAAAGCUAUAGACAAUAUCAAAGAAUUGGUCAUCGUCAUUGAAAAGCAUUUUAAUCAACAAUACCCUUCAUUUGAAUCUGAUUUGAUUUUAAAGAAAAUUCAAGAAAUUAAACAUUGUAUCAUUGAUAUAGAAUAUUUAUUAGCAAUGGAUAUUGAUAAUGAUGAAAUGGAGAAUCUAGAAAAAGAGAAAAACACCAAAUUACAAUUCAAAUAUAACAAGGAUAGGUUAUUCAAUUCACUGGAUCAUUGUCUAUCAUUUAUCAAAAAUUAUAAAUCAACCAAUAACAAUAACAACAACAAUAGCAAUAACAACAUAGGAGAUAAAAACCAGAUCAAAUUAUUACUAUCACUUGUCAAAAACACCGAGAUAUCGCUAGAGGAAUAUGUUUUCAAUAGUUUUGAAUAUUAUCAAAUUUAA